UACAAUCGUCAGCCUGAUGUGGAACUUCCUGGUCAGGAAGAGCUUUUCCCGAUAACCAGACAACGCUAUUUGUCAGACUUCUCUUCGCUAACCCAAUACACAACCUAGCCAUUGGGUUUCGGCGUUAUUUCGACUGUUAUCUUGCAGUGGUCAACAGGGAGGUGGGUGUUUUAAGGUUAAUAACACUCAAGAGUUAGCGUGUAAGCUAACGUUAGCUCUGUUGUGCUCUAGCUAUGUCCGCCUCGGCUGGAUGCUCCCCGGUGGGUCAGAGCUCGGGCCUCGGCACCGGGAUGACCAUGUUUCGCUGGCUAGAAGUGCUGGAGAAAGAGUUUGACAAGGCCUUUGUGGACGUGGAUCUGCUGCUCGGAGAAAUAGACCCAGAUCAAGUGGAUAUUACGUACGAGGGUCGGCAGAAGAUGACCAGCCUGAGCUCCUGUUUUGCUCAGCUCUGUCACAAAACCCAGACGGUUUUUCAACUGAACCAUAAACUAGAGGCUCAGCUGGUGGACCUGCGCUCUGAGCUGACGGAUUCGAAGGCGGAGAGGAAAGUGAUAGAGAGGGAGGUCCAUGACCAGCUGCUGCAGCUCCACGCUCUGCAGCUGCAGCUCCAUGCCAAGCAGGGCCAGGCGGAGGACUCGGACUCCAUCAAAGACAGACUGCCUGCAGCUACAUUGGAUGAGAUGGAACACGAGCUGGAGGUCAGCAAGAAGGAUAAGCUAGCGGAGGCGCGGCUGGAGGCAGAGAUGAGGCUGUUCAAGAAGGAAAACGAGGCUCUGCGCAGACACAUGGCCGUGCUGCAGGCCGAGGUGUACGGAGCCAGACUGGCAGCUAAAUACCUGGACAAGGAGCUUGCUGGCAGGGUGCAGCAGAUCCAGUUACUGGGCCGGGACAUGAAGGGGCCGGCACACGACAAGCUGUGGAACCAGCUGGAGGCGGAGAUCCACCUGCACCGCCACAAGACCGUCAUCCGUGCCUGUAGGGGGCGCAACGAUCCCAAGAAACCUCUGCACUCUCCUGUGGGGCAUGAUCCAGACAUGUUGAAGAAGACUCAGGGGGUAGGCCCCAUCAGGAAGGUGGUGCUGGCCAAAGACGACCAUGAGGGGCUCGGGAUCUCCAUCACAGGGGGGAAGGAGCACGGUGUUCCUAUUCUCAUUUCUGAGAUCCAUCCCACUCAGCCUGCAGACAGAUGCGGAGGUCUGCACGUGGGAGACGCCAUCCUCGCCGUCAACAGCAUCAACCUGCGAGACGCCAAACACAAGGAGGCCGUCACCAUCCUGUCCCAGCAGCGGGGGCAGAUAGAGUUCGAGGUGGUGUACGUGGCCCCGGAGGUGGACAGCGACGAUGAGAACGUUGAGUAUGAAGACGACAGUGGACAUCGCUACCGCCUUUACCUGGACGAGCUGGAGGACAGCAGCACGGCGCCGCCUAGCAACAACGCCGCCUCACUACAGGCUCUGGAGAAGAUGACCCUGAGCAACGGAGCAGAGAACGGAGACACCGGGCUCUCCAGCGAGACGACUUCAGAGGAAACCCCUUCAAAGCCUCCGGAGAGCGACGGCUCCUCGUAGAGGCUCGCCGUGGCCGACGGUAUUUGGAGAUAAAAAGAAGAGUGGGGGCGGAUAAUGCCUCUCACAGAACUGAAUCAAAGAAUUCUGCGACACACCUUGGGACGAGGGAAAAUGGUUUUGUUUUCCCUUUUUCCUCUGGGUGUUCAGGAAAGGGGGGGCAUGUGGCAAUGAUAGGGGUAAACGUACACAUUUUUAGAGGCUAAAUAUGUAGAGGAGGGAGGGAUGCUGAGUCAUGUUCGACUUUUUUCUGAAUAUUUUAUUAAGAUCCUGAUUGAUAUUGACAGGAAGUACAUGGUGGAGGCUCAGUGACACGAGGGAAGAAGUUACUGAAAUUGAGAAUCCGUUGUUGAGAAACACCUGUAGAGUGUUUUCUUCUGUUUGUUUAUUUCCUUAUCUGUUCUGGACAAAAGUAGGAGAAGACCGGGAACAUAUCUUGGACAAGAAAUGAAUAAAUAUUUUUAAAGUAUGUUGACAACAGAUGUAAUUCUAGCUAAAGCUUUCCAGGCUCUUUCACAUGAGAUGUUCAAUCAGAUUGAAAACAACCCUGUGAAAUAAAUAUCAGAAGGAGAAAUGCUGUAGAAUGUUGCUGAUACGGUUUGUUUUUAAACACUUUAAAACGAGGCAGAAAGGCAGAGACUGUUGAAUAAUGUACCCAGGGUUUAAGUCACAUGCAUAAACAUCAGAACACUAACUGUUUUCCAUAUAAAAGCGCCUCCAAACCCUGUCCACAGCUGCUGCCUUCGUCUGUCUUAUUGUUUAGACAUUCUAUAGGUUUCCUUUUAAGGGAUCGUUUGGUUGUUUUGAAGUGGGGGUGUAUAAGCGUCUUAUCCAUGGUUUGUUCUACAGUAGAUACAAUCAGUUUAGAGGGCUACUUUAAAAACCUAUCCAACUGAUCAGAGUUUCACAGUAUAACCGUUACUUUUGGAUUACCAUAAUAUCAAAUGCAAUGUCAAUAAAUAAAUAAAAGAAGAAAUAUCAGUAAGACGUUUUUUUACUUAAUUGUAUUUUAAGACAACAGAACACUCUGUGAUAUGAAGAUAUUCAUGAAUGAAAAUGUGUCCUCUUUUUAUACACAUUUGAUAUAGCAUAUAGGAUAGACUUGCAGAAUAGAAUAGUUGUUUUAGUUUAAUAUUAAUAAGAAUACUGAAAGUAGCCUAAUGAAGCCCCAAAAUAACAUGCAGGCUAUAUUACCUUUCAUUGUAUGCAUUGUAUUAAUUCUAUGUCUUGUAAUAUAUUAUGUAAUGUAUUGUAACGUUGUAAUCCUGCGAGUAAGCCCCAUUAUUGUUUUUAAGUAACAGUAAUCUAAUACAGUUGUUUUUACUCUACUUGAAUACAGCUGCCUUUUUUGUAUCCUGGUUCAUCCUGAAUACACCUAAAUAAACGUAAACGUUGACUUACAUUAAAUGUAUUAUGUCAACACAUUUCACGCAGCUGAAUUAGGUUAGUUGAAAGCAAAAAUAUUAAGUUGAAGUUUAUUUUAAUAUUAUUGCUUUCAACUAACCUCGCACAGUUAUGUGAACUCUAUUGACAUAAUACAUUUAAUGUAAGUCAACGUUUCACAAUAACAGAAACAGGUUAGAACAGCAACUCCAGUGUAAUGAAGGCAAAUUACAGUUUCUUAUUACUGCGUCUAUAGAUAAGGACUUCAUAUCCCCUUUGGAAAGAGCUGUCUGACAGCUAAAUAAAAUAUGCGUACACCUAACCAGGCUUGGGGAGUGACAGCUUACAGGGAACAGGAUAACCCAUUUAGGAUAAAAUGGUCACUAUUCCCUUACAAUUCCAUUUUCUAAGGUCACAUUGUUCUGUUGUCGAACAUAAACCACUUAAAAACAUCUUAUUAGCAUUUAUUUUGUCUGUUGUUUAUUUGCAUUGCAUUUGGUAUUGAGAUAAUCCAAAAGGUAAGAUUGUUUUUAACAUGUAUUUAGUAAUUGUAAUGGAAUACAGUUCUAAAGUAACACUGAUAUUAUUCUUUUAGGUGAUGAAAAUAUGUUUGCUUCUGCCCGUCCUCAACCGUACAUCAUUAGCUUCCUUGAAGUAUCUCCUGUCUGCUUCUCCUAACAUCUACUGUACAGAUAAGUUCCUCAUGCAGCCGCUUUAAACCAACACAACUGUCCCUUUAACCGCCCUGUUGUUUCCCAAAUCCCAGUUCUUCAUGUUCCUGCUUCAGGGAGUCCUUGCCAGCAUUUAGCCAAACAAUCAAAACUAUGCUACACGCAUUUGAGGCUAAACUAUCUUCAUCUUUAUCUACACUCAAAAAAACUGAGACGUUGACUUGAAUUGAAUGUUAUGUCAACAAAUUUCACAUAACUGUAUCAGGUUAGUUGAACCUAAUAUUUGUUAUUUAAACUUAAUAUUGUUGCUUUCAACAACCUAUACAGUUAUGUGAAAUCUGUUGACAUAACAUUUAAUUCAAGUCAACGUCUCAGUUUCUUCAGUGUAGAUAUUUUAAGUUUAGGCAGCAAAGACCCUCAGAAAGACACUAAUUCACCUUCUUCCUGGUAUCAUGUUUUAUUUAUUAUCUGGUGACUGUAGGGUAGAUGUUCCAGUGAGCUGUUAUUAUGCUUUAACUUUGUUCCAUCACUAACAUAUAUCAUUUGAUGUUGAAUAUACAGGGGUGGGCACAGUAACACAUGUAUAGAGUGGAAUUACAUUUACAUUUACAGUACUCUACUCAAGCCACUUGAGUAUUUUCACUUAAUCCUACGUCAUACUUUUACUUCACUACAUUUUGCAGGCAAAUGUUCUACUUUUCUCUCCACUACAUUUUUUUUACAGACUCAGUUACUAGCUAUAUUCCAAAUUUAGAUUAUAAAUACACAAUUUAAAUCAACUGAUAAAUUACUAUAUAAUAUUUAAGGUAAAGCUAGCCAGUAUUUUACAAGGAAAUUCAAAUAACGCCCACUUUUACCAAGUGGAACAUCGAAGGGAUGAACACAUUAAUGCAUCAAUAAUUAUAAAACAACAAUUUAAAAUAAUGUACUUUUGGUUUUAGAUGUAUGUUUUGAUUCUAAUACUUGUACUACAUUAUUGUGCCCAUCUCUAUCUUUAUGUAGUCGUUCUGUUCCCUUAUUGCUUUGUGGAUUCAAAGUCUUCACUCAUAUCAUUUGCAUCUUUUUAAGUAAUGUAUUCAUGUCCCACAAUCUGUUGAGCAUUUAAAUAAAGUUUGAUUCCAAUUUG